UCCUAUCUGAGCAGCUGCAUGCUGGGAAAUGUAGUCCUCAUCCUUGUAUUCCCUUCCCACCGUCUCCGACGCGAAAGAUGCCGGCCGUACACCACAAAUUAUUACUCGAGGAGGCCUUGCAAGACAGUCCGCAGACGCGGUCCUUGCUCAGUGUGUUUGAGGAGGAUGCAGGCACGCUCACUAACUACACAAACCAGCUGCUCCAGUCUAUGCAAAGAGUGUUUGGAGCACAGAAUGAAAUGGCUCUGGCGACAGAACAGCUUUCUAAGCAGCUCUUGGACUAUGAGAAACAGAAUUUUGCUCUGGCGAAAGGUGAAGAAGAGGUGAUCAACACUUUACAGCACUUCGCCAAAAGCGUGGAAGAGCUGAACUCUCUGCAUUCUGAACUGGCCACUCAGUAUGCAGACAAGAUGGUGUUUCCCAUGGUGCAAUUCAGAGAGAAGGACCUUACAGAGAUCAGCACAUUGAAGGAGAUAUUCGGCAUCGCCAGUGAUGAGCAUGAAGCUGCCAUGGUGAAAUAUAGUCGUUUACCUAAAAAGAGAGAAAAUGAAAAGAUAAAAGCUGAGGUGGUGAGAGAGGUGGCGUAUUGCCGCAGGAAGCAGCAUCAGGCCGCUAUGCAGUAUUAUUGUGCUCUGAACGCGCUGCAGUACAGGAAGAGAGCGGCCGUGCUGGAGCCCAUGCUGGGAUACACACACGCUCAGAUAAAUGUCUUUAAGAAGGGGAUGGAGCUGGUGUCGAAGAAGAUGGACAGUUUUCUUAGCUCAGUUUCUAGCAUGAAUCAGAGUAUUGAGUCUCAGCUAGAGGUGGAAGCAGAGGUCAUGCGUUCGUCUCAGAGAGAGCUCCUGUCCGUGGAUGACAGCGUCUACAUGCCGGAUCACGAUCAGGUCCCCGUGAAUCGCACCCUCAUCCAGAAAGCCGGUUACCUCAACAUCAGGAAUAAGACGGGUCUGGUGACGACGGCGUGGGACCGCUUGUUUUUCUUCACGCAGGGGGGUAAUCUGAUGUGUCAGCCGCGGGGUGCGGUGGCAGGCGGGAUGGUUCUGGAUCUGGACAACAGUUCUGUCAUGGCCAUCGAGUGUGAGGACCGCCGCUACUGCUUCCAGAUCACUUCACCCAACGGCAAAACGUCUCUGAUUCUUCAGGCUGAGAGUAAGAAGGAAUAUGAAGAGUGGAUUUGCACCCUCAACAACAUUUCCAGACAGAUUUAUCUAACCGACAAUCCUGAGGCUGUGGCGAUCAGGUUGCAUCAGACGGCCCUGCAGGCUGUGACGCCCAUCACCAGCUUUGAGAAGCGAGCAGAGGGUUCUCCUAACCCCGACCGAGCGAAACCAAGCAGUGUGGCCUCUAGAGAGCCUCAGAAAGCCCCUGCAACCCUCGAGCCUGAGGAUCUGAUCGUCCCAGGAACACCAAUCCAGUUUGACAUCGUGCUGCCCGUGUCCGAGUUCCUGGACCAGAACCGAGCUGGAGCGAGACGCACAAACCCCUUUGGUGAGACGGAGGAUGAUGACACACACGAUUCGCUCCUGCAGCAGGUGUUUGCCGUGCGGUUCUUGGGUUCGAUGGCCGUUCGGGCCGGUCACACACAGGAAGUGAUCUAUGAAGCCAUGAGGCAGGUUCUUGCCGCUCGCGCAAUUCACAACAUCUUCAAAACCACCGAAUCCCACCUGAUGGUCACCAGUACCUGCAUCAGAUUGAUCGAUCCACAGACACAAGUCACCAAAAUCAGUUUCCAGCUGAAGGACGUGACUCAGUUUGCCGCCCAUCAGGAGAACAGCAGGCUGAUGGGGUUUGUUCUGCAGGGGAGUGACUGGAGUAACGGAGGCGAGGAUCAGCCCUCCUUCAGCGUGUUCGUGUUUGAGAGCAACACUGAAGGAGAGAAGAUUUGUUACACGAUAAACCUGGGGAAGGAGAUCUCCGAGGCAAAGAAGGACCCUGAAGCUCUGGCCCAGCUGAUGAAGUCGAUGCCUCUGACAAACGAUGGCAAGUUUUUGCUGCUGGAGAGCGAGACGGGAGACGCAGUGGAAGUGGCCGGACCGGACGAGCAGGAGUCAGAGGCUUGAUCUGAACACAACACACACACACACACACA